AUGGCUGCUGCGAAGGGAGACGCCAGGGGCCCGACUUGGUGGAUGGCGCUGUGGUUCCAGUUGAAGGGUUCGGUUCCGGUGAUGGUGCGCGCAACGCCGACGAUGGAGGCGUGUAGUACAGCGCUGCAAAGGGAGCUCAGCUGGGCUUUUCCAGCAUACGGGGCCCAGAGCGAGGAGUACCGAGACACCGGUUCAAUGUCGUACCGAAGGAAGUUCACGUUCUGGGGUUGCGCACGCGCGUGCUGCCAUUCGACAGAUCGUGAGUGCAAGGAGGAGAUUGACCCAGCAACCAGGUUUGUUCUCAGUGUGGCGGCAACGCCAUAG